AUGGUACUGUUGGAUCCAACAGUCGCCUCUCGUUCGCAUUCACUGCCUAUUCGGCAGCGUUUGGUUCCAGAGCUACUCAGACUGUAUAGUCCAGAACCACGGGACAACACCAAUGGAGUGCAAGCGAAUGGCCUCUCCUCAUCAUUGCACAGGCGAAAGGAUUCGGCAGUUUCUUGGAGCGCUCAGGAUCCGACACUUCUAGCCCUCACUCAGCUGGGCGUCUUCCGGUUGUCUUGUGACCAGGCCUUUACGACCAUUCUGGAUGGCCGUGAAACCAACAUCAUCUCUCACGCAACACCGUCGACGUCUCAUCCCUCGACAUCUCGGACUUUUCAUGGCGGCACAUUCGGAAUGCGGACCCUGGGUUUGAAAUGGGAUGGUUAUGAAACAGUCGACUCACCCAAUGUGACGGCAGACGCUACGCGACAUAUCAUCCGUGAUGUCUCUCUCGAAACGGAGCUUCAAUCCCACCCUUUCAUUGUGCGGCAUCCUCAUGUCCGAUUCUACGCCGAGGUCCCUCUGCAUACUACGAAUGGGGAGGUGUUUGGAACGUACUGCGUGGUUGGCCAACAGCCACGACCGGCCUUUGAAAUCAGCAGUCUUAGAGAGCUUCGGGACGUCGCAGAUUCUAUCUCACACCAUCUCGAGAACGUCUGGACGAUACAACACCAGCAGAAGUCGGAUCGCAUGUUGAAUGCUCUAGUGAAGUUUGUUCAAAGCCAAUCAGAUGCCAUUCACACUGAGCAAAGAGCACGUUCGAUGAGCAUCGCAUCCAGCUCUCCGUUCCGGAGAUUGUCAGAGCUUCAUGAUAACGAACCAUUAUCGCGGACUUCAUCAAAUGCGACGCGUUCUAUCUCUCCGAGAACUACGCGGCACGGCGGGAGUCGCGCUUCUUCCUCUCAUCCACAUGAACCAAGCCUGAGAGAGAAGCAUCAGGCACACGUUCGUAGGCGCUCUGACGAGUCGAGCACUCUGGUGACCGUUUCCGAGGGCGCCGCACUUUCUCCGGGAACGUCGCUGCUCUUUUCAAGAGCCAGUGCAUUGAUUCGUGAAUCUAUGGAGCUGGAUGGUGUCAUGUUCCUUGAUGCCUCACGGACGUGUGAGCCCAUGGGCAUGGCCGUCUCAGAGUCUUCUGCAGAGAACAAGGAAAAUAUCUCCCGACUGGCUUUGACAGAAGGACUUCUUCGUGACAUGUUUACUGCCUUUCCAAAUGGCGAAAUAUUCCAUCCUGGCGAGGUGGCUGUGUCGUUCCCUAUCGCCCCAAACGGUGGUCGGCGACACAGCCUGCAAAGCUUUGAAUCAAAGCAGCAUCUCCACCAUGUUGUCACGCAUCGCCUGGCAAAUGAGUUUCCUGAAGCAAAAUCCCUCGUCUUUUUACCUCUCUGGAACUGGGAUACAUCACGGUGGCUCGCUGGGGCUCUGGUUUGGACUUCAGAUCCUCGCCGUGCGUUGGGAUCAGACGACCUAGCUUAUCUGAAGACAUUCGGUGACUCUCUUGUCGCGGAGUUUUCGCAACUAGGAUGGACUGCAACAGAGCAGUCGAAAUCCGACCUUCUUUCCUCUGUCAGCCACGAGCUUCGCUCUCCACUGCACGGUAUGCUCGCAAGCGCCGAGCUUCUGCAAACUACCCCGUUGGAGCCUGCUCAACGAGACAUGGUCACUAUGGUUGAGACGUGCGGUCUGACAUUGUUGGAUACGAUGAAUUACUUGUUGGAUUUCGCCAAAAUUAACAACCUAACACAUGUGCAUAAGUCCGGCGGCAAGCACGACAGAGUUGAGCUUGAUAAUCUCAUAACCCCCUUUGACCUCGACAGCAUGCUUGAAGACGUGACAGAGUCUCUUUAUGCUGGUCAUCGGUCACUCAUGGAUGCCUCCAAGAUCGCCGGUCGAUACCUUCCCAGCGGAACAGGCGUGAGCGGAAGAGUAGAUGGCCUCGGGAAGGAGAACCACGAUGAUCUGUCGGUGGUUGUUCGUAUCGAAGAGCAAGAUUCGUGGGUCAUCCGCUCGAUUUCCGGAGCCUGGAGAAGGAUUGUCAUGAACAUUCUUGGAAAUGCCUUCAAGUUCACGCGGUCUGGGCUCAUUGAGGUCUCCUUAUCCAAAACAGUUGAGCGGCACGAAGACUAUAAAACGACCUUUGCGAGUCUUUCGAUAACCGACACGGGUUGUGGCAUAUCGUCGAGCUUUCUCGAACACCAGCUGUUCAAACCUUUCGCGCAGGAGGAUAUUCUAACCGAGGGCGUGGGACUAGGUCUUUCCAUUGUCUAUCGACUGGCAACUUACCUCGGUGGUAGCAUCGAGGUGAAGAGCCAAGUGGGGGUCGGCACAACAGUCGAUGUGCGGAUCCCAGUGGAAUUUGCGGCCGAGACACCACUCCCACUCCAUACUACCUCCCUGAAAAUGCCUGACCAGCCUGGUUCCCGCACUAUGACACGCGUGUGUCUGGUUGGCCUCAAUGCGUACGCAGACCUCAGGGACGCCCCAUGCGGAGUCCUCAGCACAGAGGCAAAACGCAAACUCUCUGUUCGAGGUGCUGUGAGCAAUGUUCUGCUCAGUCAGCCUGGCUGGAUGGUUUGCUUCGCGGACUCCCUUGAGGCAUCAUGUGGCGACAUUGCGAUCAUUGAAGAGUCUGGUCUAAAGAAGAUUUCUGCUGCUGGCUCGACGAAGCCAGAUUACCGCACCAUCAUCGUGCUCGGUGAACGAGGCGUAUCGCUUCCAGGUAAUUUCACAAUCGAAGGGGCCGACAUUAUCUACUUGUCCCAACCGAUCGGGCCUCGCAAGAUCAAGGAGGCACUGCAGCGAUAUAUUGAUUCGCAUCGCGAAGCCAGUCCUACGGCACAGAGCCCAAUUGCCGGACCGUUUUCCGGUAUUCCCCAGCGCGGACGAUCCUUAUCCGACGCAUUCGCCCUUGCGAAGGGCAUUGAGUCUCCUCCGGUGAUGAAGGAAAACGUGGCUGAAUUCGCCCCAGCCUCACCACAAGCGGUUGACCAUAAGAAUUUCCACGUGCUUAUUGUAGACGACAAUGACAUCAACAUAAAGAUCCUUGCAACUUUUAUGCGCCGGAUUGGUUGCAGCUAUGAGACUGCCACCAAUGGCCAGAUGGCUCUUGACAAGUACAAGGAGCGCAAUGGAGAGUUUGACUACAUCCUUAUGGAUAUUUCCAUGCCCAUAAUGGAUGGCAUUAUCGCUUCCAGCAAGAUCAGAGAAUACGAAGAACAACAUUCGCUCCGCCGAGCUGCCAUCAUGGCAGUCACCGGGGUGGCAUCCAGCGGCAUGCAGCAACAAGCAUUUGCUGCCGGGAUAGAUGACUACCUGGUCAAGCCUCUAUCCCUUCACGAUUUGAAACGAAUUAUGAACAUUGCAUGA